AUAUAGCUGUAAUUAAUUAGCGGACAGUCCGCAGAGAGAAAUCGAAAACAUAUAGUGAUUUGAGCGUCUAUAAAGUGCGGGUGCACACGUCACACUCGCAAACACAUUGAAAUUUGCAUAUUAAACACAAUUUAAGUUGCAAGUGGACUGUGAAAAGUUGAUAACCACUGAACUUACAACUACAACUACAAAAUACGCAGUGGCAUUAGACAAAGCGUACGGUGCCCGUAGCGUAGCACUAGUCCGAGUACAGUAAACAGACAAAAACAGCGAGAGAAGAUAACCAGUGCGAAGCAGACAAAGCAAAAGAGUUCGACCGCACUGGACAGACUGGGCCGAGCGUGAUACAGGAGAAGCGAAAACAACUGAAACGGCGAAACAACAGCUGAAACGAAAUUCGAUAAAAAAUAUAUAUUAUUAUACGCCCUAUCUGCGGGCGUCGGUACUAUCCAUUGACCAGUACGGGAGACGACGGCAAGCUGCUUAGUCAUGGCGCGAGAGGAUGAAGAAAGCAUCGUGGACAACGAGGAGGUGUCGCGGCCAGAGGAGGAGGCAGAUCAACAGAUAAUUUCACGCGAUCGCCGUCAGGAUAAUGAACUGGCGCUGCCCUCCGGUGGCUGCUGCAUGCCCGCGAGCACCAGCCAUCGCUUCAUGGCCCUGGUCUUCAUGUGCCUCCUCGGCUUUGGCUCGUACUUCUGUUACGACAAUCCCGGAGCAUUGCAGGACGUCUUCAAGAGGGAUCUGCACUUGUCCUCCACCGAGUUUACGCUCAUCUAUUCGAUCUACUCCUGGCCCAAUGUGGUGCUGUGCUUCCUCGGAGGAUUUCUGAUCGAUCGUGUUUUUGGAAUACGACUUGGAACGAUUAUUUAUAUGCUGAUCCUGCUCGUGGGCCAGGUGAUCUUUGCCAGCGGCGCCCUGCUGAAUGCCUUCUGGCUGAUGAUUUUGGGUCGCUUCAUCUUCGGCAUUGGCGCAGAGUCGUUGGCUGUGGCCCAGAACAGCUAUGCCGUGCUCUGGUUCAAGGGCAAGGAGCUGAACAUGGUCUUUGGACUGCAGCUGUCUGUGGCCCGUUUCGGCAGCACCGUCAACUUCUGGGUGAUGCAGCCGAUUUACAACUACGUCAGCAAGUUCUAUCACGACAAUACUACCCUUGGCGUGGUCCUACUCCUGGCCACACUCACAUGUGUGAUGUCGCUGAUCUGCGCCCUCAUUCUGGGCUUUAUGGACAAGCGGGCUGAGCGGAUUCUGCAGCGGAACAACAAUCCAUCUGGGCAGGUGCCCAAGCUCACCGACAUCUUCUCAUUCAAGCCCCCAUUCUGGAUGGUCUCGAUCAUUUGCGUCGCCUACUACGUGGCAAUCUUUCCAUUCAUUGCCCUGGGACAGAACUUCUUCAUGGACCGCUUCCACAUGACGGCGUCCGAGGCCAACACGGUGGACUCGCUGGUGUAUCUGAUUGCUGCCGUAUCGUCGCCCGUCUUUGGCUUCAUCAUCGACAAGGUCGGACGCAACGUAUCCUGGGUAUUUACGGCCACUCUGACGACCAUUGGAGCCCAUGCCCUGUUGACAUUCACGGAUCUAACACCCUACCUGGGCAUGGUCAUUAUGGGGCUAUCCUAUUCCAUGCUGGCUGCCAGCUUGUGGCCCCUGGUGGCCCUCAUCAUUCCGGAGUAUCAGCUUGGCACUGCCUACGGCUUUUGCCAGUCCAUACAGAAUCUCGGCCUGGCCGUCAUCACCAUCCUGGCUGGCAUCAUUGUGGAUCACAGCCAUAAUGAGCACACGUGGUUGCAGCUCUUCUUCAUGGGAUGGCUGACCAUUGCGCUGAUCGCCACUGGAGUCAUCUGGGCGUACGACAGGAAGCAGAAGGGAAAUCUGAACAUGACGCCGCAGCAGCGGGCACAGUUCGUUAGCGCCGAAAACUACCAGCAUUUUGAAUAGGCUGCGUCGGGCAGUCAGAGCAGAACCCGCCCGCAGAUUGGAUUAUUAUCGGUUACUUAGUAUAGGCAUAAAAUUGUUCCCUGCGGGCAAACGCUCGAACAGAGUCGUAAGAGUCGAUGAUCUUGUUCCACGAUGUGAUGAUGAAGUGUGAUGUGCGCCGCCACGAGUCGCGAAUUGGUAUUUACUAACUGCAAUUGUUUUGUCAAACGAUAUGAUAUACAGAAUACGCCCUGAUCAGCCCUGAUUUCCGCUCACCCACACAUAUGAGUACGAUUGCAUGAAUCCCAAUCCCAAUUAUUACGAGUAUAUGUAUCUCCAGGCACUUCAGGGAUGAUCACGGCGAUUUAUACAUAUGUUAAUUUUAUGCUAUGUAUUUUUAGAACAAUUUAUUAUUACAGUUAUCGCAUGUUUAUUGUGUCAGCGUUUUACAAAUUAAACUUAAAAUCCCACAAAUAAAGUGUUUGCAUUGCUC